UAGUGAAGUUUUUUUUUAAAAUUAUUUUGGCUAGUAGCCAUAUAAUAAGCGGGAUAAUGUAUGUAACGCCGGACAUUAUUGAUCAAAUUUCCCGAUAAUGACAAGCGUUCAAUACAUUAUCCCUUACUUGAUGUUCUAGUUCUUUUUAAGUGUUCAUAUUUCCAUUACAAAAUAUGAAUGAAUAUGUAACCGUAUUGUAUAUCAACUUAGUAGUCAUUUUUUUAAGCCUCUUUUUAACUACUCAAAAAAACGUGCACAGGAAAGUCCCAUUUUACUUACAUAUGGAUCAUGCCAUACUAAGACAUCCAUGUUGAUCCUUGGUGUGUCACAAACUAAAUCAUUUCUAAAUCCUCACUGUGUGUGUUGUUUGAUUCCUUGUAUAGUGCGCCACAGGGUAGCUGAACCCCAGACCCCAACUUCGAGCAACAUCGCCGUGUUAGGCAACAUGGGGACAAAUGUCACUGCCACCACCACCACUGGCAACGUCACAUUUGGAAACGUCUACUUUGGACCCCCACCAGCUCCUCCUCCAAACAAAGAGGAAUUCCGAAAAGUGCUUAAGAGCUCUCUGAAGGAGAGCUAUGAGAAUGUCCAUGGCGCCAAUCAAGGACAUAUGGCAUUCAAUGACAUCUACACAGACCGAGAUAUCACCAUAAUAUCUGGCGGAUCAAAUCAAAAUAAACAAAUCAAAUGCACAGAUAUAUUCAAACAUGGCGAAAGAACUGUGUUGACCAGAGGAAUCAGUGGAAUGGGCAAGACAGUGUCUGUGCAGAAGUUCAUUCUUGAUUGGGUGGAAGGAAACUCCAAUCAAGAUGUGGACUUUGUAUUUCCAAUUCCAUUUCGGAACUUUAACAAAAAGCAAAAAACCAUGAGUCUGUUUAGUUUGCUUCAAGAAUUUUUCCCCGAUAUUAAAAAGUAUUUUCUGGAUCCCCAAAACCAAUACAAGACGGUCAUUAUUUUGGAUGGAUUAAAUGAGUAUGAUUCUUCUCUUGACUUCAAAAGUGAGGUCUUUAAGAAUGUAGAGACUGAAGCCUCUGUGGAUGUGCUGCUGGUCAACCUCCUCAAGAGAAAUCUUCUGGGAAGUGCACUCCUCUGGAUCACCUCACAACCAGCAGCAGUCAGUCAGCUUCCAGACAUUGUCUACAUGUUGACUGAGCUGAAGGGUUUUAACGACCAACAAAAGGAGGAGUAUUUCAAAAAGAUCCAUAUCGGACAUGAUGGGAAGGCUGAAGAGGUGAUCUCAUACCUGCACAAGUCAAGAUCCCUCAGUGUCUUGUGCGACAUCCCAGCCUUCUGCCAGAUUUUGUCCAAGGUGCUGCAAGACACAGAAAAGCCCUUCAGAAGCUGGACUGGGCUAUUAGGAAACUUCCUGUACAAGCACAUCAACCAGCUGAAACAAAAACGAGACACCAAUGUAGAAGAAAAGAUACUACUCAACCUGGGGAAGCUUGCAUGGGACCUACUCAAAAAGGAUGAAAAAGACUUUGAUGAAAAGAAUCUGAAAGCCUGUAACAUUGAGGCUGAUGACUAUGUUGUAUUCUCUGGGAUAUGCCCAGAGUCAGACAUACAGAGCAGUCAGAUCAUCCACUCGGACCACAAGAGGUUUCGUUUUUUUCAUCCCUGCAUUCAAGAGUUUCUUGCAGCUAUGUAUGUCAUCUUAUCAUUUGCACGUGACAAGAAGAAUCUAAUUCAGGAACCAACUAGUAUGAAAUGGAUAGCAAAGCCAACGUUAUUUGAUGUCCAGAAGUCUGCAGUGAAAAGGGUCUUAAAGAAAAAAGGACUCAAAACAGGACAUCUUGACACUUUUGUGAUAUUUCUCCUCAGUCUCUGUGAGAAGUCGAAUCAGGAUAUUGUUAACAAGUUCAUGGGUUGGAUAACAAAGUCACAGUCACAAAGCACAACACUUGCAUUGAAGGAAGACAAUGAGAAAAUGAUCAACUAUAUAUCAAAGACUUUAUAUGAAGGUACACCACAUCAGAGUGCAUUACGCUUAAGAUUUCUCCACGAACUGGGUGACCACUCUUUGCUGGAGAAAAUCAAAAAGUACAUCCGUAACGAUAUAUCAGAAGACCUGGAUCAGGAUCUGAUCGUAUUGUUGCGGACACAUAAGGGAAUUCAACAGGUGUUUGAAAUGAAGGACUACAUGAAAUCAGAUGCAGAUGUGACAACAUUGAUCCCAGUGGCAAAAAUGUCAAAUCGAGCAAAGUUGAACCGGUGUAACCUGACUGUAGCUAGCUGUGACAGGUUAGCCCAAUCACUUAGGAAUACUCGCUCCUAUGUUACGGAGAUGGACCUGAGCGAGAAUGAGAUCCGUGAUUCUGGGGUGGAGAAAAUUUCCUCAAUGCUGCAGGCUGGGUAUUGCUGUAAUAUUGAGUGUUUAAGUUUUGUCUGCUGUGGACUGACAUAUUUGUCUUGUGAGAGCCUAAGCCAAGCUCUGCAAACAAAGGACUCACAUGUCAGAGAACUCGACAUCAGCAACAAUGACCUCGGUGACCAAGGACUGAUCUCCCUCUCCUUGGCCAUGGCUAAUGUGAACUGCAAGCUACAGACACUGAGACUUGCCUGCUGUCAGCUCACAUCAAAAGCCUGUAAGGAGCUCAGCUCAAGGCUGCAGUCAGCUGAUUCAAGUCUGAAACAUCUGGACUUGAGUUUCAAUGACCUUCAGGACUCAGGUGUUCAACGUUUUGCUGGUAUAACAAAUCUAGAGACCCUGAGACUGGCCUCCUGCAACCUUACAGAAGGGAGUGGCCAGUAUAUUGGUGAGCUGCUGCAGUCUCAAACCCUGAAAGAGUUGGAUUUGACCAACAACAACCUGAAGGACUCCGGAGUGGAGCAGCUCCUCUCUAGAGGCUUGGCAAGUGCAGACUGCACACUGGAGAAGUUAAUAUUGAAGAAAUGUGGGAUCACGCUGAAAAAUGAGAGCUGCUCUAAAGUUGUGUCCGCGGCCAUUAAGUCUGAGAAGUGUCACCUGAGAGAGCUGGACCUGAGUUACAAUGAUCUACUGGACUCUGGAGCAAAGGCUGUCAUUGUGGCUGUAGUGGACGCAUCCAGCAAGACUGAGAGACUGAGUCUUGCAUGUUGCGCACUGACGGAGAAGACCUGUGAGCUCAUCUCCUCUGAGCUGAAGGUAGAAAACCUGGCGACCUCCUGCUUGAGAGAGAUCGAUCUGAGUGACAACAGCCUAGGGUCCACUGGAGCGAUUGCACUCAGCAGUGUGUUAAAGAACACCAACUGCAAGUGGGAGAAACUCUGUCUGUCGCUCUGCAGCAUUACAGAAGAUGGUUGUACAGGUCUGGCUAACGCCCUGAGAGGAAACCCAUCCCACAUGAAACAUCUUGACCUGACAUUCAACCACCCUGGCGAAUUGAAUAACUCCAACAGUGCACUAGAGGGUGGAGAGUUUCGUUUGAGAAAAGGAGAAGACAGAUAUGAGUGUACACUUACCCCAGACGAAGACACCGCCCACCAGCGGCUCUUCCUGAAGAAGAAGAAGAUCAGGUGGGGGGAGUGGGAGAUCCCAGUCCCUCAGCUCUCUGACAGGUUUGACUGCAGGACGCAGGUGCUGUGCAAAGAGUCGCUGACCGGCCGCUGCUACUGGGAGGUCAAGUGGAGCGGCCUGGUCUCCAUUGGUGUGGCUUACGCUGGGAUGGCCAGAAAGGGUGAGGGCCCCGACUGCACCCUUGGCCGCAACAGUCGCUCUUGGAGUCUGGACUGCAGUGAUUCUAACUACACAGUCUGGCAUGAUAGCAAAAAGACGGACAUGCCACUGCCGCCCUCUGGGUGUCACCGUGUGGGAGUGUAUCUGGACUGGCUGGACGGCACCCUGGCCUUCUUCAAAAUCAAGACGGUCUCCAACCAGCGCAUGUUCUUCCACCUCCACACCUUCAAGCACAACUUCUCCCUGCCUCUUUACGCUGGCUUCAGAGUCUGCCGUGACUCCUCUGUGUUUAUCUGCCCACAGACAUCACAGAAAAAGGCCGCGUAAAACAUACUACACACACACACUCACACGCACACACACAUUCACACACACACACACACACACACAGAAAAAGGCUGCGUAAACAUACUACACACUAGGGCAGCACGAUUAAUUUGUGAGCACGCCUGGUGCACAAGAAGCACAGCACCACCGACCGACUAUGAAGCUCACCAGUCAGAAUUCUGUGACCCUCACAGACUAAGCACACCUACCUACCAACCAGAAAUGGCAUAGUCAAGGAGGACGAAAUUAAUAUAAAAGUUAGAAA